GCAAAUCGAAUCAGCAUUCGAUUGCGUACGGGCGCGUUCUUUUUGCCCCAAGAUUGUGGUUUAAAAAGAAAUUUAAUCUUGCUAAUAAACAUGCAAACACGAACGCGGCGGCUACCUGUUGAAGCGCGCGAGACAAACGAUUCCUCAGCCAAUCACAGCCCAGCGGCCGCCCACGGCCCCCCAUCAUUGGCCAGCCACGCUAGAGGGGGGAAAUCCAAGGGGGGACAAGCCAGAGUUCGCCGUUAACAUGACACUAGCAAGAAAAGCGCCGCAUUGAGCUUUCGACGAGCUUUUCACUACGCGCGCGGUUAAUCGGUUAUUAUCGCCGAUAUUUUGUAUGUAACGCAAAUAAAUUGAAAAAAGAAAAUAAAUACUUACUGACAAAAAGGUUCAAAAAUAAAAUAUUGUUACGGAAAAUAAUGCGCGUUGCGUGCGUUGGGUGUGAAGGAAAUUAAUUUUUGCGAAGAAAGUUUUUUUUAAAUCCGUCAAAAUUGAUCUAACAAUGUCUCUGGGUAAACAGCCCAACGAUCACAUAAAGAGGCCGAUGAACGCGUUCAUGGUGUGGUCGCGGGGGCAGCGCCGGAAGAUGGCGCAGGACAACCCGAAGAUGCACAACUCCGAGAUCUCCAAGAGGCUGGGCGCCGAGUGGAAGCUGCUCACUGAGAUGGAGAAGCGGCCCUUCAUUGACGAGGCUAAGAGACUCAGGGCACUGCACAUGAAAGAACACCCAGACUACAAAUAUCGGCCUCGACGAAAGCCGAAACCUCUGGUCAAGAAAGAGCCGAAAUUCGGUUUCGGCAUCAACGGCCUGAUGGCACCAGUGCCGAGACUGGUGACGCCGUCAGUACCACAUCCAGUACAUCCACAGCUGCAUUCCAUGCCACAUCACUUACUACCAGACAAACCAGAGCUGAGCCGAGCGCUGUUCCCUCCACUGCCUUACCCAUUCUAUCCGUUUGCGAAAAUACCUUCCGACGAUGGAAAACUGGCUGCUGAGUUGGCACAUUUGCAGGUAAUCAUCAAUGAGGCACUAUACGGUGGAGCACUAUACAGCAGUGCUCUCUACAGCAGCGCUCUCUCCCCUUGCGGUUGUCCACCACGACGAACGCCCUCCCCUCCUCCGGCCGAUGUCAAGCGUCCCGUCGCCUACGUCCUCAUGAAGAGUGACGAGGAACCACCUCAACACGUCAUCUGAAGGCCGGUCGCGCUCCCUGCGAGGGCCUGGCCCUCACAUUGGGAGCGACCUUCCACCUCCGUACAGGAGCGCGAGACUAGCUCACCAGAUAGUGUGUAAGACUGAAUGGAAGGACAUUGACUUAAACGUGUGUUAUAGAGAGGAGACAUUCAACAGAUUCACCGGUUUCGGCCACAAAUAGUUUCGGUUUCCAUUCGAAUAGUGGACAGUGUUUGUUGUCUUGGCAUUAAAUAAAAUGGUGCUGUUCGUGACAUGUAUUUUAUCAAGAAUGGACUUUGAACGUGCAAUCAAUGUUACUGUUAAUGUGCAAUGUACCUUUUAGUUACUUUCUUGUAAGGAGCACUUUGAAUAGACAACAUAUCAUAGAAUUUACUCUUCAACUGUGUAAUAAAUAGACGUUAGUUAGGCAAAUUAAUGUCAAUUUUGUAAAAAAGACUAUUGUAAAACGUGUAUACAGUGUAAUCAUUCUUUAACUCUUCAAUACUAUUGUUUUUGUUGAAUUAGUUUCUAUUUUACUAGCCUUCGUGGUAUCCACACAAAUGUAGCUCAACUCUAAUGCAUUUAAUGUAUUUAAUCACUAAUAACUUGUAGUGCAAUAUUGUAAAAUGUAAUCGAAAAAACUUACAUCAUAAGUUAAGAAGAAAUGGACACGAAAGAAGGUAAUUGACACUAUUUUCUCAAUAUUUUGAUCGAUUUUGAUAUUAUCGAAAUGUAAUAUUGAUACUGGAGUUAAUAAUGUUAAUUAUUCUUUGAAACCUUGUAAAUAGCACUUGUAAAUACUUAAUAUGUAUGUAUUGCCAUAAGUAAUUGUUUUGUUUUUAAAACUGCGGUUAAGGUACUUAUUAUUUCAAUUAAUUGCAAUAAGAUUUUUAUGAUAUGUAACCAUGUAAUAUGUUGAAUUUAUUUGUUGUAUUUUUUAUGGUUCCUGUAUUUGACACGUUUUAUGGUUAAUUACAUAAAGGACGUGCUUGUAUUUUUCUGGAUAUGUUUGGGUAUAUUAUGGUUUAUUUUUAAGUUAAAUAUUUAUUUCUUACUUUAUUCUUAAGUUUAUUUCCUUACGGCAUUUAAUUAUUUGAGAGCAGUAUAUGACAAACAAGAGUAAAUCAAAGAUGGCGUCAGGAUUAAAAUUAAUUUGAACGUUAUUUUGUAGAAGAGUAUAUUUAAGAUUCACAUACCUAAUACUACGUAUUUAAUUUCUAUGUGUAUUGACACAGAAAUUAUUCAAAAUGAUAAAGGAUUGAAUAUUUCUCAAAUAUUCGCUUUAUACAAAGGAUAUUUGAAACCGUAUUAUUACUGACCAAAUUUUUCAAAAGUCUCGGCCUUCGUCUGUCGAAGCCGAAACCGAAUUCGCUAAGAUGGCACAGCACUAUAAUUUUCUGCAAAUUAAUGUUUAAAAAGUGCCGAAAUAUGUUUGAAAAUGUGUUUUCUAUUAGCAUUUUUAUUAAUUUUAUUAUAAUUCUCCCACCGAAGUAGUUGGUAUUAGUUAAAAGUUAUAUAAAAAUUAAUGUUUGUUUGUAUGUAUGUUAAGUAAUAAUGAAUUAUUGUUGAUAUUAUGUUAUUGUUGAAAUUUAAGUUUAGUAUGUUUCCUGAAGUUUUUAGUUGUAUUCAUGGAAUGAUUGAUUUUUAUAUGAUACGAAUAAUAAAUGAUACAUCGGA